AGGAAACUGAAAAACCUAAGGAAAUCGAAGAACUCGAAAAGGUUGAGGAAAUUAAGGAAGAGAUUGAUUGGUCUGCUAUGAAGGAAGAAGCAUCUCUUGUUAUUGAGAAGCAACCUAUGGAGCUAUCUGUUGAAAGUGUGGAUACUCAAGAAGAUAUGUCAAGUCUCAAAGAAGAUUUUGUUGUCGUCGAAUCUGUCGACAAAAGCACCCCUGCUAGCAAGUCACCUACUGUCUUGAACAGUUCAUUACAUGCUACUGCUCCUGAAUUUGUUCCAAAGGCCGCUCAACAAUCUCAACAGCAAAAGAAGUCUACCAAGAAAUAUUUGACUCGUGAGCAAUUGAUUGAACAACAAAGACAACAUCAUAUUCCUAAAUCUAAGGCUAGAUGCAGUCAUUGGCCCCAUUGUACAAAUAACAACUGUAAAUUUUUCCACCCUUAUAGAGCUUGUCGUGCCGGAGAUGAUUGCAUGUUUGGUGAUAGAUGUAUGUUUGUUCAUCCCAAUGAUUGUGUGGUGCCUGUUCGUGAAAACAAUCACCAAAAGACCAAGUCAUCUAACAACAAUACCGCUACUAAAAAUAAUACCGCUGCUUCUUCUGUUACUGUAGAAUAAAUAAAAAAUAGAAAGACUU